ACACCCAUCCUUCAAUCUCCUUCAAUCCAGACACAAGCACAGCCAAUCACGAGACAAGCGCCGAGGCAAAACAAAGGCUCUCAUUGGCCUGCGGUCAGACGCCCAAGUCACGCCCCUUCUCUAUACUCGGCCACGCUUUGUGAAUGGGGGAUCCAGUGACGGGACUGGGAUAAUGGGCGGGUCCACAGAGUUUAAUACACGGCACGCCCUUUCUGUUGAUACUCUCUUAAAAGGAGAGCGUUGUGGAUGAGGGACGAGUUUAUGAGAGGCUGUGGGAAGUGAUUACGUACUUUGCAGUUACGGAGACAUAAGAGAAAGUUCCUAGGCUCUCGCAUGUAUAUGAGCGGGAAUACGGGCGCCCUGAGCUCCAGUGUCUGUUGUGCUUAAAGGAGACGAAUCUGCCAGUUUGGAGCCACCAGUAUCAGCCGAUUUCUGCUCACUCCGCAGCCCCGCUGAUAUUCACCUGUUGCUGCCGGGGUGUCGGCAUGUUGGCUCCGGUGUCGCUGCUGUUCUGUCUAUUCCUGCAGCUCUGCCCGUCCGCCCAGCAGUACCACGGGGAGAAGGGCAUCUCGGUGCCUGACCAUGGCUUCUGCCAGCCCAUCUCCAUCCCUCUGUGCACAGACAUCGCCUACAACCAGACCAUCAUGCCCAAUCUGCUCGGACACACCAACCAGGAGGACGCGGGGCUGGAGGUGCAUCAGUUCUACCCGCUGGUGAAGGUUCAGUGUUCCCCGGAGCUGCGCUUCUUCCUGUGCUCCAUGUACGCGCCGGUUUGCACCGUGUUGGAACAGGCCAUCCCCCCGUGCCGGUCGCUGUGCGAGAGAGCCAGGCAGGGCUGCGAGGCGCUCAUGAACAAGUUCGGCUUCCAGUGGCCCGAGCGGCUGCGCUGUGAGAAUUUCCCGGUACACGGGGCGGGGGAGAUCUGCGUGGGACAGAACACUUCGGAUAACAGCCCGUCCGGCCCCACCGCUCGGCCCACCCUUAACCUGCCGGACAGUAUCACCUUCCAGCCGCACCCCCACCGGGACUUCACGUGCCCGCGUCAGCUCAAAGUGCCCCCCUACUUGGGCUACCGCUUCCUGGGCGAGAAGGACUGUGGCGCCCCCUGUGAGCCGGGCAAAGCCAACGGGCUGAUGUACUUUAAGGAGGAGGAGGUGCGCUUCGCCCGGCUCUGGGUGGGUAUCUGGGCGAUCCUGUGCGGCAUCUCCACGCUCUUCACUGUACUCACUUACCUGGUGGACAUGCGGCGCUUCAGUUACCCCGAGCGGCCCAUCAUCUUCCUGUCCGGCUGUUACUUCAUGGUGGCCGUGGCUUACACUGCGGGCUUCCUGCUGGAGGAGCGGGCGGUGUGCGUGGAGCGCUUCUCGGAGGACAGUUACCGGACAGUGGCGCAGGGCACCAAGAAGGAGGGCUGUACCAUUCUCUUCAUGAUCCUCUACUUCUUCGGCAUGGCCAGUUCCAUCUGGUGGGUGAUCCUGGCCCUCACCUGGUUCCUGUCGGCGGGAAUGAAGUGGGGACACGAGGCUAUCGAGGCAAACUCUCAGUACUUCCACUUGGCGGCCUGGGCAGUGCCCGCGGUAAAGACCAUCACUAUUCUGGCCAUGGGGCAAGUGGACGGGGACGUGCUGAGCGGCGUGUGUUACGUGGGCAUCAACAGCGUGGACUCUCUGCGGGGCUUCGUGCUGGCCCCCCUGUUCGUGUACCUGUUCCUCGGCACGUCCUUCCUGCUGGCCGGCUUCGUGUCGCUCUUCCGCAUCAGGACCAUCAUGAAACACGACGGCACCAAGACUGAGAAGCUGGAGAAGCUGAUGGUGCGAAUCGGGGUGUUCAGUGUGAUGUACACGGUGCCGGCCACCAUCGUGCUGGCGUGUUACUUCUACGAGCAGGCCUUCAGGGACACCUGGGAAAAGACCUGGCUGGUUCACACGUGUAAAGGCUACGCCGUGCCCUUUCCCAACUACAACUUUGCCCCCAUGAGCCCGGACUUCACGGUGUUUAUGAUCAAGUACUUGAUGACUAUGAUCGUGGGAAUCACCUCCAGCUUUUGGAUCUGGUCGGGCAAAACCCUACAGUCCUGGCGCAGGUUCUACCACAGACUGGGCAAUGGCAGCAAAGGGGAGACUGCGGUGUGAACACCUACUGGAGAUCUAGGGACACUUGUUUUUUCUUUUUACUGCUACUAAACUUGCCUGGGGACAUUCCUCCUCUUAAUGCACAUUAUUUCUAGUAGCCAUGGAACAAGGCUUCUAUAUGAAGAGCUUGGGCUGACCCAGUCUGGGCAAUAGGGUUACUAGCAGCAAGUGCUUUGGAUCUGAUGGGCAGGACUUGGCAUCAUUCAAAACAAAUGUUUUUUAUUUCCUUUGUCCUUUAUGGUUACAUAUCCUGUAGCACCACCGCUGCUCAACUACAGCUCUCAGCAUCAUCCAAGGAAGCUGGGGGUUGUUACUCAACAACUGGAGGCCUCAGGUCGGAGAACUGAUAGUUGGUGGUUAAUUGGGGGCCAGUGCAAGGGUACAUACAGCAGGGAACCCAGGAGUAAAGUAGAAAUGUGCCUGAAUAUGUUAAUGUAUAACUAUGCCAUCUGUCAUUCAUUCCCCCUCUUGCAUUAUGUCUCACAGCAGGAGAUCUAGAGCUGCUAAACCUACAACAUUCCAAGCAAACCCACAAAUGUGUGUGUAUAUGUACAGUAAAUGUCUUCAUACAAACGCAGAUAGUGUAGUAUCUCAACACAAGUACAUGGUUUCUUUGUCUCUGUGCAAUGUGUUAUUCUGUUAUCCCUUUCCUAGUUUUGAACAAGACUUUUUCAGACAGGGAGUCAGAUAAGGGCAACACAUGCUUCCCUCCAUGAUCACAUGUUGGUUCUGAUACGUUUUUCUCCCAGCUCAUGUUUGUGUGUGUGUUUGUAUGUGUGUAUGUACAUUUGUGUUUGCUACAGCUCUCUCAAACAUUGACUUGUGUUUAGCGCUCUCUUGUACUAACUACCACACUGCCUGCUAAAUACAUUGAUAUUAACAGUGAUACGUAUGCCACAUGGAAUAGAUUUCGGGGAGUAACAUUCCUGCAUCUGUCAUUUACUCAGCUGCUAGGGAAAGAGAUUUUUUUAUGUUUACCUAACAGAUCAAGGCUUGUGGAUGGUAAAUACUUUGUCCUUUAAGCACCCAGCAGGCAGUUCAUUAAAGUUCCUCUGAAUAUAGGGCUUCACCUAGCCAGCAGCUGGGCAAAUAAUGCCUUUUGGUGGAGAAUGGCCCCCAACAUGGCAUCAUACAUACAAUAUAUUUUUAUUCACAACCUCCCAAAUGUUAAUGUAGACAAACUUUUCCUUAUAUGUUUUAUUUUGUAGGAGUAUUUGCACUGCAGUGGGUAUGACCUUUCUAGGAAACUUGUGACCAAGCUCCCCUUCCUUUUUAUUUUUUUACCCGUUCUCCCUUUCCCCCUUUCCAUUCAUGAAUUGUUGUUUUUUUUUACAUUGGUACUCUUGAUCAGCUAUCCUUUUUGGCAUUAGGGUGUUGGCACUGGUUAACUGGGUCCAGCAGUGAAGGUUUUAACCUUCCUUUUGUAAGCAAACAUUUCUCACCCUUAUUUAAUGAUUUUGUGCCUUUUUAUAGCCAGAAACCUGUUGGCACAAGUAUGAAAUCUAUCUGAUUUUAAUUGAUGAACCAUAUAGUGUCUUCCAUAUCCUUUCAAAUGCACCUUCAUGUUAAACCUGUGCCUGCUAUUAUCCUAUUAUGCAAAGCCAUGCAGUGUUGGAAACUCCUGAAAGAUAGCAGAUAGAUCAGAUGUAAAUUACAUGUUUAUUGUCAUACAUUAAAUGCAUAAUACUGAGUCAAUCUACUAAACACACCUUGUGCCUUCCCCAUGUCCCUUGUGUUGUGUGAUAUUGGGAGGUUGAUAUGCAUAGAAGAUUAACUGUUAACAUUCCCUGUAGCAAAGCACGUCAGAUCUGGCAUGUAAGUUGUUUUGCUUUAAAUGGGCCCAAAUACAUUGUCUGCACAACCCAUAUAGAGUCUGUAUUACAGAAGGCUUUUGUGAUGAGGAAAGUGACCACAAAAAAACUUCCAGGGAUUUGUGUAAUUGCUGCAUAAUAUGUAUUUCUCAAAGUCAGAUACUAUGUAUGAAAUUGAUUAUUUUAAUAAUUUGUUUUGUGCAUGUUCUCUUACAGCAAAUGAAGAUUACAAUGUUUAUAUAUUUUUUUGUAUAUAAUUGUACUAUUUUGUAUAAAGAUAUAUAUAUAUGUAUUUAUAAGUUUCUACUUUUUGACUGAAAUGGCAAGACCGCCACACUUUAUCUUGUGUACAGAUCACUCAAUAAAGCCUUGUUUUUAGGUA